AUCUCUCCUCCCCCUCACCUCCCCACAUAAACCCUCGAUGAAAGAAUCAUAAUACAUCAGAUCAGCACUGAUAGAAAGGGUUUCAAAGAAGAAGAAAGAAAGGCAUUUUGCGAAGGAGCCAUGAAGGGUUGGAGUCAUUUGGGAGUUGUAGAGACAAUAUACGAGGAAGAAGACGACGACGAUGAAGGAGAGUAUGAAGAAGAAGAAGAAGAAGAAGAAGAAGAAGAAGAAGAAGAGUCUUUGAACUCUUCCAUGGCCUCCCAUUCGGAUCUCUCCUCUCCCGACACUACUUCUCUUCACUCAAGAGUGGAAGCAUGGUCGGUGGCAAAGGGGUGCGAGCCGAACGUGUUGAUUUGGGUCCGAGGGACAAGUUUUCGUUUACACAAGGAUCCGCUCACGUCACGGAGCAGCUACCUCAGACGGCGCCUCACGUCGCGGUUGGAACUGACCCUCGCCCCACCAUUAAAAAUAAAGGCGGACACAUUCGGCCUCGUGGCGGACUUCUGCUAUGGCGCCCACAUUGUCGUAACGCCGUUCAAUGUUGCUGCCCUCAGGACGGCAGCCGAGCUGCUGGAGAUGACUGACGGAAAUGGAGACGGAGGGGACGACCUGAGGCUCGUGACAGAGACCUCUUUCCGGCGGUUUGCGGCCGUGAACAAGGAGUACAUCGUGAUCCUGUUCCGUUCUUGCCUGGAUCUGUUGCCAGAGGCAGAGACAAUGGCGUCCCUGGUGAGCAGGUGCAUCGAGGCCUAUGGCGAGAUGGAAAAGGUUGAGAGCCGGGCGGACGGCGGUGGUGAUGGCUCCGUUACUUUCUUCGACGGCAUCGUGGCGGUGGGGAUCAAGGAGUUUGAGGUAAUGACGGAUUCGAUGGGUGGUCAGCUAAGCAAUCACGAUGUUCUCUACCAAAUGGUCAAUGUCUACUUCAAGGAACAUGGCGGGAAGAUGACGGAAGACCGCAAGGCGCAGAUCUGCCAGUCGGUGGACUGCACCAAGCUGUCGCCGGACCUCCUCGUCCACGCCGUCCAGAAUCCCAAGAUGCCCCUCCGCUUCAUCAUCCGCGCCAUGCUGGUGGAGCAGCUUCGCACCCGCCACUCCUUCCUCCACGCUGCCCCAGCCGCUGCCCCCAACUCCUCAUCAUCCGACCCCGGUGACCGCCGCCGCAAGCCACCAACCAAGGCCGUCUCAGCCGCCGAGGCACCCCCAGCUGCCACCACCCUCGGGGCCAUCCUUAACCGGGACGCAGCCCUCCGACAGUCAGCCCAGCUGAGGGCGGCCAUGGCUGCCACCAGGUCCCGAAUACUGAACCUAGAGGAGGAGCUCAGCACCAUGAAGCUCCGGCUCAUGAACGAGAUGACCGCCCUAGACACGACCAAUAGGGAGAAUGUCCCGACGGGGUUGAAGAGUUUGUUGAACUCGGGCCGCAGCCAAAGCUUUGGCCACUAUGGUGCGCCCCAGGAGAGCAACAAGAUCGAGAGAGGGGAAGGGGGAUCGGUGUCGUCGUUAAGCUUGAGAUUCAUCAGAGGUGGUGAUGAAGGAGGAGAGGUGGCGGCAAAGGAUCCGGGAAGUGGCAUGGGCAGUCCGCGUAGCAGGAAGAGUAUACGGCAGAGGCUGAUCAAUGGGCUGAAGUCCGCAUUCGGAUCGUCGAAUGAUUUGGCGUCUAAAGGAGGGUCGAAGGGCGGUAAUCUUCCCACAGGGGCUAGGAAUGUCCAUGCACGACAUGGGAAUGCAUUUUCGCCACAAGUAGGCUCUUAACUUUAGGAUUGUGUGUAAUUCGAUUUUUAAGAAUGUCGGAAAAGGGAGAUUUCACGCUUCAUUCGAUGUAGAGAGACUUAUGUGUAAAUGAUGAGUUCAAGCGUAUCAUUUUCUUUUCCUUUUUCUAAUUAUUGGAAAAUGCUUGAUCA